AUGUCCAACCAAACUGCCAUGACUGAAUUCCUUCUCCUGGGAUUCUCUGACAUUCGGGAAUUGCAGAUUUUACACUUUUUGGUGUUUCUACUCCUUUACCUGAUAUCCUUGCUGGGGAAUCUUCUCAUCAUCACAGCCAUAGCCCUUGACCACCACCUUCACAAUCCCAUGUACUUCUUUCUGAUGAAUCUUUCCAUCCUAGACUUCGGCUCCAUCUCUGUCACCAUCCCCAAAUCCAUGGUCAAUUCCCUCAUGAACACCAGAUUGAUUUCUUAUUCUGGAUGUGUCACCCAAGUCUUUUUUUACAUAUUCUUUGCUUCAGCAAAUUUUGCCUUACUGACCAUCAUGGUGUAUGACCGAUACAUCGCUAUCUGCCAACCACUGCACUAUGAGAUGGUGAUGACCAGGAGAGCUUGUGUCCAAAUGGCAGCUAUUGCCUGGAUCAGUUGUAUACUUUACUCUGCAUUGCACACCGGGAACACGUUUGCGAUAUCCUUCUGUGGAGGCAACAUGGUGGAUCAGUUCUUCUGUGAAAUCCCCCAGCUGCUCCACCUCGCCUGCUCUGACUCAGACCUCGGUGAAGUUGUUCUUAUUUCUCUUUGUGUGCCUUUAUGUUUAAUCUGCUUUGCUUUUAUAAUUGUGUCGUAUGUACAGAUCUACAAAACAGUGCUGAGAAUUCCCUCUAAGCAGGGCCAGCAUAAAGCCUUCUCCACCUGCCUCCCUCACCUCAUUGUGGUCUCUUUAUUCCUUUUCGCUGGCUCCUUUGCCUUCCUGAAACCCACCUCCAACUCAACCUCAGAUCUGAAUCUCUUGGUGGCUGUUCUCUAUUCCGUAAUGCCCCCAAUAAUGAAUCCGGUCAUCUACAGCUUCAGAAACAAGGACAUGAAAGGUGCACUGAAUAAACUGAUAGUAUGCCCUUUCAACUCCAACCUCUCCCUCCUGGACAUCCUGCUCACCAGCAUGGUCAUCCCAAUGGUGAGCAACUGGGAGAUGAUUUCCUGCCCUAGCUACCAUGCUCAGACCUACUUCCACUUCUUGAUGGACUGCAUGGUGUUCUUCCUCUUCGAUGUCAUGUCCUUAGACUUCUAUCUGGCCAUCUGA